CGGAAUUGACCUAGCAACCAAAAAAUGGAGAUAAACAAAGUGGUGGCAACCAUUGUGUGUGGCCGUGUGUGAGUGACCUGGUGAUAGCACGUGGGUCGCCCCUGGCCGGACACCUGCUGCAGGUGGAAAAAACUUUCGAUUAUUAGAACCUCGGUUCUAGAACACGGUUCUAGAACCGGCGGUUAAGAGUUUUUGAAGAUUGAAUUACCCAGUCAGGUCGGGUUUAUGUAUACUCCAUCUGUUGGUUGUCAAUAAACGUGUCUUAAGUUACAAGAGCGCAUGAGGCUCGUUCCUAGUUCAACUUCUGCCUUUUUCUUCGCACUGUAAGCCGAAUCGUGUUUUCGCCGACGUGUCACCAAUGCAGAAGAUCUUACCAUGAAGCUGUGUGCAGUGGUUAACUGCAGUAAUUCAUCGUAUACACUGGCGAAAUGGAAGGCACGGACAUGUCAAACACAUGGAACAAAAAAUAAACUUUGCAACUGUCCCCAGCCAUUCCAACUCUAUGCAUUUCCAACCGAGAAGAAAGACCCAAACGGUAGGAGAAGGUGGAAUAAACUGAUAAACAAGUUUUACCCAAACACCAAAAAAAACUGGGAAAACAAGUGCCACGACAGAGUAUGCUCACGCCAUUUCCCAGAUGGAAAACCGACACGUACUUAUCCUGACCCCGUACUUCACCUGGGCUACACAAUGCCGUCAUGUGAGCAGAAGAUAACGCCAAGGCGUCCACCUCCAACACAACGUCUGCCAAUCCCUGAACCCGCAAAGAAGAAACCCCGUAUUGAAGAUGAUCCUGUAAUAACACCAACAGAAAGGAUAGAGCAAGACCACCCGUACACCUACAGAUGUGACUGCCGAGAAGGAUGUGACUGUCCAGGUUGUACGCAAAAACAAAUGAAAAUCGAUUCGCUGGAACACAGGGUUGAAGAGCUGGAGCAGGAAAUCACCUCGCUCAAAACACAACAGGUAAAGUCUGGAGGAAAGUCAAGUGGGAAGAAGAAGGUGUUUACUGCCGACACCCUGAAAACUGACAAUGAUAUCAAUCAAUGUACGGGACUUAGGUCAAAGCAGGCCUUCAAUGAUAUGUACCGAUACCUGGAACCCCAUGCCCAGAAGCUUACCUACUGGAAAAGCACAGAAUCAAGUCCAAAGACGAAGAGGCCAACUACAAAAGGCAACGGAACUCCCAGGAAACGUGGAUCAAAGCGGAAGCUAAGUUUGCGAGAGGAGUUUCUCCUGACACUGAUGCGUCUGCGUCUGGGACUUACGAUCAAUUUCCUUGCUAUCCUAUUUGGCCUUGUCCCCAGUUCUUGCUCUCAGAUUGUCAGCACCUGGGUGCGCUUUCUGUCGGGAACGCUACAGCCACUUAUUGUCUGGCCAAGUAGACAUGCAAUCUCCACUACCUUGCCAACACAGUUCAAGAACAAAUGUAGUAGGAUACGAUGCAUCAUGGAUUGCACAGAGAUCUUUAUUGAGAGACCAAGAAAUUUGGAGAUGCAAGCAGCCACAUGGUCCGAUUAUAAGAAACAUAAUACAAUGAAAGUACUAGUGGGAAUCACUCCAAAUGGCCAUAUCUCGUUUCUGUCAAAGGCGUAUGGUGGAAGGGCCUCCGAUGUGUCCAUCACCAGAAAGAGUGGAUUCCUAGAUUUGGUAGAACCAAAUGAUGUUAUCAUGGCCGACAGAGGUUUCCCCAUCCAGGAGGAUCUGUUGUUACGGCACGCUACCCUACAGAUUCCACCUGCAGCACAGGGGAAGCGUCAAAUGGCCAGGAACAAAGUAAAGAAAACAAAAACUGUUGCGAACUUGAGGAUCCAUGUUGAGCGGGCCAUUAACCGGCUGAAGGACUUUAGAAUUCUAGAUGGCACAUUUCCCAUUUCACUUUUGCCAGCAGCAGAUGAUAUUAUCAAAGUCUGUGCAGCACUAGUCAACCUUCAGUCUGACUUAAUCAAGUAAAGAAUAAUUAUUCACUGAUGUCGGG